AUGGCAUCCACCGUGAAGGGCAGGGAGGAGGCCCCUCCCGCUUCACCGACACAACGUGAGCCGCAGCGUGGACUGGAAGCGCUCUCGAAUUUCUACGGCCGUCUCUCCGCGGAUCAUCGCACGAGAAAUCAAGAGGCUUCCCUGUCCAGCUAUGCCAGCAGCAUGCGCAGAACCUCAUCCGGAACCGAGUUCUACAAUGCUCGCAGUGCCCAUGGUGGCGACGAAGUGACGCCUGCCGGUAACGCCUCACCAACCCAGCCCAGAUCUCCUCGAGUCUACACGUCGUUUUCGGCAGCGGCAGCGGCAGCAUCUCGAUCAUCCCUGAACAAAAGGGCAUCGCAGGCAAGCAUUCCUGGCAACCCAACCGCACCGUCUUCCAUUCGCAACUCGUCCGCCCUCUCUUCUCCUCGCACCAAUACCUUUCCUGCCUAUGCCAACCAAACCACUUCUAACAGUGGCGCCGGUGUUGCCGCCUCAGGUCUUGCCUCGGCAGCCGCGCCAUCCAAGGGCACGUCGUUCGACAUCGCAGCUAUCAAUCGGUACUCUCCCAGUACCUUCGCCAGUGCCUUUCCAUGGCUCUCGAGCAGCUCAGAUGCCGCAUCAAAGCGGACACGCCAGGCCCCGACCGACUACAGCAAGGCCGACUCCUCCAAGGCAGCUUCAUAUAAGUCCAAGACCGACUCGCCACCUGUUGCACAAUACAGUCAGGGAAAAGGCUUUGGCUGGAGUCCUACGAAGGACCAGACACCUCGAAAAUCGAACUCCAAGGCGCGACCAGAUCUCCAAGGCUCUCAGAUCACCCCGGUGGGUCGCGGCCUUGGCCUCGAAUCCUCUUCCGAGCUUGACCUUCCUGGACGCAUGCGUGAUCAACGCAAAGGUGCGCCGGCGCCACCACGCCUCUCCCAAGAUCCAGUGGCACUCGGCCUCGACGCCGAGGUGAAACCCAGAUCGAGCUUCAGCAAAGAUUCGGCCUUUUCGCGACUUGGCCGUGCCUUCCGCCGCAAGAGCAAGACAGGCAGUGACUUGAAGGCUGAUAUCCGUGCGGAUCUUCGCAACGCGCCGCCCGUACCGGCGCUACCCUCCAGCAUCCCUGGAAAGCUCUCGGAUCCUCUCGCUGCAAAGGCGCUCGAACCCAGCAGCGGCUAUCCAGACCGCUCUAUCGAAGGAGCGAAACCUAGCAUGGACGUCAGCGCAAAGGACCUGCAACUGAAAGCAAGCGCCGCCACAGAGCAAACGAGUGCGAUCGACGCCUCGCUCCACGGGUCGACAGAACCAGAGGCCAAUUCAUCGACCACCGACUCUGCCCAGGCGAAUGUCAACAAAGGCUCGCCCACCAGACGACCAAUGUCCAUGGACUCGACGACGUCCAGUGCCCGCCGCAGAUCACUCGCCUUCCUCGCCUCGGCCAUCUCCAUGGGUGGCAUCGCUUCCGAAGCAGAAGGCGGCUCCAACGAUAAGCCUUUCGAGAGAGAAGCGGCGAUCAACUGUCGCGGCUGA